UUUUUUUUUGUUUGAUUAUUAACCAUGACUGAUAAUACUACCACUACUACUCGCCGUUCUUCCUUCACUCAACCUAAACCCAAAGCAUUACGUCCAUUCAACUCUAGUGAAGUUAAGAUCUUGUUAUUGGAAAACGUCAAUGAAAUAGCUGUCAAAGCUUUUAAAAAAGAAGGCUAUCAAGUGGAAACAUAUAGCAAAGCUCUUGUUGGUCAAGAACUCAUUGAAAAGAUUCGCGAUGUUCAUGUCAUUGGUAUUCGUUCAAAAACCAAAUUAACCAAAGAAGUAUUGGACCAAGCUAAGAAUCUUUUAGUGGUGGGUUGUUUUUGUAUUGGUACAAAUCAGGUGGAUUUACAAACGGCGGCCAAGAAUGGGGUUGCAGUAUUUAAUUCUCCUUUCAGUAACUCAAGGUCAGUGGCAGAAUUGGUGAUUGGUGAAGUGAUUACUUUAGCUCGUCAACUAGGUGAUCGAAAUAUUGAAAUGCAUCAAGGAAUAUGGAACAAGGUAUCUAAAAACUGUUAUGAAAUUCGAGGCAAAAUUCUUGGUAUUGUUGGUUAUGGACAUAUUGGUUCACAACUUUCUGUAUUGGCGGAAUCAAUGGGUAUGACUGUUUACUUUUAUGAUGUUUUACAAAUCAUGCCUUUGGGAACGGCCAAACAAACUGAAACUUUGGAAGAACUCUUGUCGAUUGCUGAUUUUGUUACACUUCACGUCCCGGAAUUGGAAGAAACAAAGAACAUGAUUGGUGAACGUGAAAUCAUGGGUUACAUGAAAAAGGGUGCUUAUCUAUUGAACAAUGCUCGUGGUACCGUAGUGCAAAUUCCCGCUUUGGUAAAGGGUCUUCAAUCUGGUCAUCUCUCUGGUGCUGCUAUCGAUGUUUAUCCCAAGGAACCUGCAAGCAAUGGUCCUCAUUUUACUGAUUAUUCUGAUUUAUUAACUUGUCCAAACUUGAUUAUGACUCCUCAUAUUGGUGGCUCAACCGAAGAAGCUCAACGUAUGAUUGGUAUCGAAGUUUCUACUGCUUUAAUCAAAUUCAUCAACGAAGGCACUUCUAUUGGUGCUGUCAACUUUCCUGAAAUUGAUUUACGUGCUAUUCGUGAAGAAGAUGCUGAUACUGUUCGUGUGCUUUAUAUCCAUAGAAAUAUUCCUGGGGUACUUCGCGCUAUCAACGAAAUUUUUGCUGAUCACAAUGUUGAAAAACAAUACUCGGAUUCAAAAGGGGAUAUUGCUUAUGUUAUGGCGGAUAUUUCCAAAGUCACUCAAGAUCAACUUCAUAAUCUUUACGAUGCUAUUACUGCAACUCCUGCUAACAUCAAAACUCGUGUCCUCUACUAGAUUAGAUAUAUUGAUUUUUAACUUCGUAUUUUUCUCAUAUGUAAAUAUACAAAAUAAAAAU